AUGUGUCCCCCAGGCAAUAGGGGAUCAUGGGGCCCCUGUGUCCUUGCCCACACUCAAAGCACACCCAAAAAAGCCUAUAAAAGGUACCAGGGGCAUCUCAUGGGGCCCCCUACUGAUCCCGGGCCCUCAGGCAGUGCCCGAGUCUCCAAAUGGUCAGUCCGCCCCUGGCCAUAAUAUACAUUAUAUAUACAUAAAGAUGUACACAUACAUGACAGUAUCCUCAAUUUGUGAUAUUACAAAUCAGUCCUCAUGCACACUU